UGACCCACCACAUCAAAGUGAUACAAGAACUAUUUACAUAGCCAACAGGUUUCCUCAGAAUGGCCUUUAUACACCUCAGAAAUUUAUAGAUAACCGUAUCAUUUCAUCUAAGCUAAUGAUAGAUACACCUACCAGUCCAAUUACCAGUGGACUGCCAUUAUUCUUUGUGAUAACAGUAACUGCCAUAAAGCAGGGAUAUGAAGAUUGGUUACGACAUAACUCAGAUAAUGAAGUAAAUGGAGCCCCUGUUUAUGUUGUUCGAAGUGGUGGCCUUGUAAAAACUAGAUCAAAAAACAUUCGGGUGGGUGAUAUUGUACGAAUAGCCAAAGAUGAAAUUUUUCCUGCGGAUUUGGUGCUUCUGUCCUCCGAUCGACUUGAUGGUUCAUGUCACGUUACAACUGCUAGUUUGGAUGGAGAAACUAACCUGAAGACACAUGUGGCAGUUCCAGAAACAGCAGUAUUACAGACAGUUGCCAAUUUGGAUACUCUUGUAGCUGUGAUAGAAUGUCAGCAACCAGAAGCAGACUUGUACAGAUUCAUUGGACGAAUGAUAAUAACUCAACAAAUGGAAGAAAUUGUAAGACCUCUGGGGCCAGAGAGUCUCUUGCUUCGUGGAGCCAGAUUAAAAAACACAAAAGAAAUUUUUGGUGUUGCUAUAUACACUGGAAUGGAAACUAAAAUGGCUUUGAAUUACAAGAGUAAGUCACAGAAACGAUCUGCAGUAGAAAAGUCAAUGAAUACAUUUUUGAUAAUUUAUCUAAUAAUCCUUAUUUCUGAAGCCAUCAUCAGUACUAUCUUGAAAUACACAUGGCAAACUGAAGAAAAAUGGGAUGAACCUUGGUAUAACCAAAAAACAGAACAUCAAAGAAAUAGUAGUAAGAUUCUGAGAUUUAUUUCAGACUUCCUUGCUUUUUUGGUACUCUACAAUUUCAUCAUUCCAAUUUCAUUAUAUGUGACAGUUGAAAUGCAGAAAUUUCUUGGAUCAUUUUUUAUUGGCUGGGAUCUUGAUCUCUAUCAUGAAGAAUCAGAUCAGAAAGCUCAGGUCAAUACUUCUGAUCUGAAUGAAGAGCUUGGACAGGUGGAGUAUGUGUUUACAGAUAAAACGGGUACAUUGACAGAAAAUGAAAUGCAGUUUCGGGAAUGUUCAAUUAAUGGCAUAAAAUAUCAAGAAAUCAAUGGUAGACUUGUAUCCGAAGGACCUACACCAGACUCUUCAGAAGGAAACCUAUAUCUCAGCGGUUUAUCCCAUCUUAACAACUUUUCCCAUCUUAUAACAAGCUCCGCUUUUAGAACCAGUCCUGAAAAUGAAACUGAACUAAUUCAAGAACAUGAUCUCUUCUUUAAAGCAGUCAGUCUCUGUCACACUGUACAGAUUAGCAAUGUUCAGAUUGAUGGCAUUGGUGAUGGUCCCUGGCAAUCUAACCUUGCACCCUCCCAGUUGGAAUACUAUGCAUCAUCACCAGAUGAAAAGGCUCUCGUUGAAGCUGCUGCAAGAAUUGGUAUUGUAUUUAUUGGCAAUUCUGAAGAAGCUAUGGAAAUUAAAAUACUUGGGAAGAUAGAACGGUACAAACUGCUUCAUAUUCUGGAAUUUGACUCAGAUCGUAGGAGAAUGAGUGUUAUUGUUCAGGCACCUUCAGGUGAGAAGCUGUUAUUUGCUAAAGGAGCUGAAUCAUCAAUUCUCCCUAAUUGUAUAGGUGGAGAAAUAGAAAAAACAAGAGUUCACGUAGAUGAAUUUGCUUUGAAAGGAUUAAGAACUCUGUGUAUGGCCUAUAGACAAUUUACUUCUAAAGAGUAUGAGGAAAUAGACAGACGCUUAUUUGAAGCCAGGACUGCCUUGCAGCAAAGGGAAGAGAAAUUGGCAAGUGUCUUCCAGUUCAUAGAGAAAGACUUGAUACUACUUGGAGCUACAGCAGUAGAAGACAGACUACAAGAUAAAGUUAGAGAAACUAUUGAAGCAUUGAGAAUGGCUGGUAUCAAAGUGUGGGUGCUUACUGGAGAUAAACAUGAAACUGCUGUUAGUGUGAGUUUAUCAUGUGGACAUUUUCACAGAACCAUGAACAUCCUUGAACUUAUAAAUCAGAAAUCAGACAGUGAAUGUGCUGAACAACUGAGGCAGCUUGCCAGAAGAAUUACAGAGGAUCAUGUGAUUCAGCAUGGUUUGGUGGUAGAUGGGACCAGUCUAUCUCUUGCACUCAGGGAGCAUGAAAAACUGUUUAUGGAAGUUUGCAGAAAUUGUUCAGCUGUAUUAUGCUGUCGUAUGGCACCACUGCAGAAAGCAAAGGUCAUAAGACUGAUAAAAAUUUCACCUGAAAAACCUAUAACAUUGGCUGUUGGUGAUGGUGCUAAUGACGUGAGCAUGAUACAAGAAGCACAUGUUGGCAUAGGAAUCAUGGGUAAAGAAGGAAGACAAGCUGCAAGAAACAGUGACUAUGCAAUAGCUAGGUUUAAAUUUCUCUCCAAAUUGCUUUUUGUUCAUGGUCAUUUUUAUUAUAUUAGAAUAUCUACCCUUGUACAGUAUUUUUUUUAUAAGAAUGUGUGCUUUAUCACACCCCAAUUUUUAUAUCAGUUCUACUGUUUGUUUUCUCAACAAACACUUUAUGACAGCGUAUACCUGACUUUAUACAAUAUUUGUUUUACCUCUCUACCUAUUCUGAUAUAUAGUCUGCUGGAACAGCAUAUAGAUCCUCAUGUACUGCAGAACAAACCCACUCUCUAUCGAGACAUUAGUAAAAACCGUCAACUAAGCAUUAAAACAUUUCUUUAUUGGACUAUCCUGGGUUUCAGUCAUGCCUUUAUUUUCUUUUUUGGAUCCUAUUUUCUAAUAGGUGAAGAUAUAUCUCUGCUUGGAAAUGGUCAGAUGUUUGGAAACUGGACAUUUGGUACAUUGGUCUUCACAGUCAUGGUUGUAACAGUCACAGUAAAGAUGGCUUUGGAAACUCGUUUUUGGACCUGGGUCAACCAUCUUGUUACUUGGGGAUCUAUUAUAUUCUAUUUUGUAUUUUCUUUGUUUUAUGGAGGUAUUCUUUGGCCAUUUUUGGGCUCCCAGAAUAUGUACUUUGUAUUUAUUCAGCUCUUAUCAAGUGGUUCUACUUGGUUUGCCAUAAUUCUCAUGGUUGUUACAUGUCUGUUUCUUGACAUCGUGAAGAAAGUAUUUGAACGACAACUCCAUCCUACAAAUACUGAAAAGGCACAGCUUACUGAAACAAAUUCAAGUAUCAAGUGCUUGGACUCCAUGUGCUGUUUCUCAGGAGAAACAGCGUGCGCAUCUUUUGGAAGAAUGCUGGAACGAGUAAUAGGAAGCUGUAGUCCCACCCAUGUCAGCAGAUCAUGGAGUGCAUCGGAUCCUUUCUAUACCAACGACAGGAGCAUCUUGACCCUCUCCACAAUGGACUCAUCUUCUUAAUAAAGGGCAGUAGUACUUGUGGGAGCCAUUUCAAUUCUUUUCCUAAAAUUCCGUGUAAUCAUACUAGUAAUGGCCACAUUAGCUCUGCAGAAUUACAUUCUAAAACCUCCAGGGUGGUUCAUACUCACUCACCAUGGCAAACAAACAUAAAGCAUUAACGUGAACCUCUCUUAACCCCCUUAAUUUAAAUUUGAAAAUGUUAAACUUAUGAGUAAAGAGACUUUCCCAUCUCUUCAUCUGGGUUGUCCCUAUGCUUGUGGGACUCCGAAUGGCAUCUCAGCCUUUUCUAAGGCUAAUUAUGUUAAUAUCAAUAGAAAAGGGAAAUAUUCCUAAUUGUAUUUUUUAGUAUGAGCUUGGUUAUUGAGUCUUCUAUUUAAAUCUGCUUCUGUAAAUUAUGCUAAAAAGUUUGCCUUGAAACUCUAUUUUUUUAUUAGAGUUAUAUUUGAAACUUUUCAUGGGAAAAGUUAAUGUGAAUUGUAAAGAAUUUUGGUCCCUCGGUGACCCAUGUUGUUAAUUUGUUAGUGCUUCCUGAGUUCACAGAGCAAAUUAGGAGAAUGCAUUUCCAACCAUUGUUUUACUGCACUGUGGGUAGUAAAUAUAUAUGGAUACCAAACUUCUCUAGAAAGUACUGUAACACAACUAGUAAAGUUAACCAUAUACAUGCAAAGAAUAUAUCAUAAUUUAUAUGUAAAUCAGGAAUCAAGUCCACUCACCAAAUUUCAAAUUGAUGCUUAUAAUAUUUUUGUGACAAAUAUGAAGAACCUGUAGUUGUUAAAUACCAUUAGAAUAUUAUUUAAUGUGUUAUCAUUGCAUCGUUUGCAUGCUUCAGUCUGGUUAAUAUUGCUUUUUUUUCUGUAUCUGAAGGCUCUGUUUAUAGUAUUUUAUGACACUGUUGUAAAAAUUCAACUCUAUCAAUAAAAAACAAGUUUGGACAGUAUAUCUUGUAAAUAUUUUUAAUUCUCAAAACGAAAUGUUAAAAUGAUUAAAUCAAUGGGGAAAAAAGAAAAGAGAUGCCUCUUUCUGUAUCUAACUUAAAGUGCACCUGCCUUUCAGUAAGAUAAAUUUUAGAAUAAGCAAUUUCAGACAAACUUGAAAUUGCUCUAUAUCCCCACAGUCAGUUAUAUUUUCAGACAUGGCUAUAGAAUGAAACAAUUUUAUAGAGUAAUGACAGUAACAAACUAAAAUGCUGAGAAUGAUUACUCAGGUUGAUAUCAUUGUAACUAGCGUUCCACUUCCAUACUUCAUCUCAUCCUGAAUUUACCAUGUAGAUUCAGUGUUGUUUUGAUUAAAAACUAAUAUUCUAAAGUUUGGAAAUGAUUAUUGAUUUAAAAAUCACCCAGCUCUUAAGCAUAUAUUGAUUGUGUAUAUAUCCAUUUGAAAUGGUUAAGUGCCAAAAUUUUCUCUGGAAUAUAACUCCUUUUUACAGAUUGCGUACAUAACCUUCUUCCCCUUUCACAUUUCAUGAAUAUAAGUUGGAAUGGUAUAGGAAUGGUUGGAAAAGAAUGGUGAGUAAACAAUUAAGAAUUGACCUUUAUUUGCUGGUAAGCUGUCUUCUUGGUUUCAAAAAUGUUAAAUUAUUGAUUUUGCCUAAAUCUUAAUUUUCAUAAAUAGCUGUUAUAUUCCAGUUUGCUUUUAGAAAGACACUAUUCUUUCUGGAAGUGCCAUAAAAAGCUGAUAAAAAGUACAACAUGUGCUCUUACCAGCUCAUGUUCCAGAAGCAGUAGUCAGAAAAUACUCAGGAGAGCAGUUUAAUGGUAGAUAAUAUGGAAUUUAUUCUUACGGGGUCUUAUAAAAUGUGCAUAUAACAAAUGGCAUUCAGUGGUUCUACAUUACCUCUGUCUUAUAGCGUUCAUUUGCCAUCCACUACAUGGACUACUACAAAGCCGUGGGCAGUUAUGACAGCGCAGAGGUCAGCUGGCCUACACAGUGCUUAAGAUGUGAAUUUGCAAAACUGCAAUUUUCUGCACUCACCAUUUGAAGUUAUUUAGGAGCUUUAUAUGAAAAAAAGAUAAAUGGUAUUUGCUGUUAUGCUUAUCCUACUCUGUUCAACAUGUGCUCCAGGGAAAGGAAGGUAUCUUAUAAAAGGGGUUUCUUCUUUUCAUUUAAGAAAGUAACAGUGCUGUCUACUAGCAUUCAGUACUUCUCUAGCACUGACAUUCAUAUUGCAAAACUGUUAUACAUAACCAGACCUCACAGAAAAUUUCUCCUUUGUAUAUUUUUAAAAUCCUAAGGAAAGUACAAUGUUGAUAAUUACCUUAGUUUUUUUUUUUUAAUCUGCCAAAACAAGAGUUACGAUGCUACAUGUGCUAUUGCUAACUAACCAGUGGUCUCAAAUAGAUUUUCCUUGUUUGCUUGCCUUUCCCUACUCUCAAAACUCUUAACGCUGAAGAUAAUAGCAGCAAGUGCCAAGCUAGCUUCUAAAAUUGGUCAUCAGUUGCGUAGGUGGCUCCACUGGGUAAGCACCAUGUUAGCAAGCCUUGGGCUCACCCUCGAGCACAGUCCACAAGAAUUCCAGCUACCAGGCUUGCUGUGGGGCUGAAGAAAGACAGGGGUAAGUUUACAGUUUGAAUUUCUUGGAGGUGACCCCCGUUGGGUUAUUUCCAGGAUGUCCAAAGACGUCCUAGACUCAUCCAAACUCCAGCAUUGUCCUGCCUAGAUUGAGUACACAAUUCACCCUGUUAGGACAUACUUUACUCAAACUAGAGUCGUUUCAGCUGCCUAAGAUUGUGAAAUUGUGCUUGUGUAAUAAGCUUGAGACACAUCUACCUGAUAGGAGUUAAGGCCACUAAAAAACUUAUGAUUAAUACGGAACGUUUUUAAAAUACAAUAUUUGAAAAGUUACUACAGACUGGGGAAAAUCAUAUUUCUUUGUCCCCGUAAAGAUCAAUUUGUGGAAUAAUAUAAGCAGUUAUGAGUAAAAUUAACACCAAAGGAUUAUGUACAACUUGUUUUAUAAAGUUUGGUGGCCCCUUUGUAGAUGUUUUUUCUUGAAACGAGUUAAUCUAUUUUCAUAAAAGUAGAACAUUAAUAAAAUUUAUGAGAUAACAUGAAUGAUAUUCCUACCAAAAUAGAUUAUAACUAAUGAUGUGUCUGUAGUAAUGGUGAUUGUUAGAUUUUUAUGAGGAAUUAGUAGCCAGAAGAACUGUAGCAACUCUUAGUUUAAAAUUUUGGACCUCAGACAUUGUGACUGUCUAAAUCUUUAAAAAUUCCUGCAUUAUGAAUAAAUAUAGUAUGCUUACUGUA